AUGGAAAGCCCGGCAAUUUUUCUCAUGCUCUUAGCUUCAUCCUUCGUUUUAUAUAUUCUUUUUCAAGAUGAAUUGUCUUCAAAUGAGCUCGUCGUAGAGAAAAUACCGGAGAUUCUGCAGAGACAAUGGUCAAAACAAACCUUGAUAGCUUUUCUUCACAUUGGAAAGACUGGUGGGACGUCUAUCGAUGCUACGGUAGAACCAAUCGUCCGAUUUCUUUCAAAGGCGCCUUACAGAAGAGGCUACCUCGGACGCAUUCACUUUGACUGGUCUUACUUGAAGAAGGCAUUCUAUGGUUAUGAUGUCGAUGUGAUUACAAUGCUCCGUCACCCUGUCGACCGGGCCAUCUCACAGUACUACUUUCACAAAAGUCUUCCUCGACAACAGACUGAUUACGAUUUCUUAAAUUCGACUGUGGAAUCGUUUUUUAGCAAUUGGACAAUGAUGAUGGAUCACAGAACAAUUUGGCAAGACGGUCAGGGCGCUGUAGCCUGGUUUACAGAGAAACUUGACGAAUCAAUGGAACAGCUUUCUCGAGCGCUAGGAUGGGGAAAGAUAAAGAUGGCACACAAGAGGCCAACAGUUCACAAAGGUGGAGCAUCGGAACAACUCAAGAAAAGGAUAGCUGUCUUGAUGCCGAUGGACAUUUGGCUUUAUGAUUAUGCUCUGGAUUUAUUUAAUGCCAGGAAAAAUGACUUGAUGCAGCCAAAAAGACCUCCAUUACCGCAAACAGGGCCAGACUAUUUGCAUUCUCAAAGAAAAAGAAAACAAACUAAUAUUUACAUCGGCAUUUUCGCCACAUUCGACAAUUUUGAACGAAGAGAAGCUCAGCGGGAAACUUGGCUGCUAUCAUCAAAAUUUAAGCACAAGUUUUUAAUAGAUAACUGGACGCCUGAGUGGGCGCUAGAAAAUAAAAAAUAUGGCGAUAUCAUCAGUCUUAACUCAAGCUUCACUGGAUACGCUUAUGGCUUUGGGGAUAAGCUUUACCGCUGGUUCAGAUAUGCAAAGGAGAAUUUCCCGGAAGGAACGAUCGUUGGAAAAAGCGACGAUGAUUUUUACGCAUGCUCGAAUCUAUACGAAGUGGUCCUUGAAAACAUUCACCCGCGCAUGUACUUUGGUUGGUGGCAUUUUCUUGAAGAAGCGGGAGAGUUGAAAAUGCCGAGCAAAAGAAUAAGAGUUGACAGCCAGUUUGUUCUCAUUGGGUGGGAUCUACUUUUGAUAGUCCUAAAUAAGCCAUACUGCCAUCCGUCAAUCGACGGAGAAACCUGUAACAUAACAAAUCCAGAUGUUCGAUACGAUACAAAUAGCGGUGGUUCUGCUUUGGGAACCUGGUUGGGCCAUAUCGGCGAUAUUCACGGAAUUCAAAUGAAUAAACGAAUGGCACACACGAAGGCAUACGAAAGUAAAGCUAUUUUUAAUGAGUACAAAGAUCCGACAACAAAACCAUACUGCGGAGAAAUGGUUUCAUACCACAAAGCGACACCUGAGCUACAACGAUAUCUCGAAUGCUUCGACCAAGAUAUCGCCGCUUCAAAAAUAUUCUGUUUAAAAGCUAAAAAUCUGACGGCUUAUGAUCUGAUAAAAAGCCCUAAGAAGGGCAAAAAUUGA